AUGGAACAAUCUACGCCGCUCAAAGAUAGCAUCUCAAUUGAACGACACCAAAUUAAUAGGAAGCAUGAAUCAGAUAGAAUUGAAAGAUCUCAAUCUUUAGCAGAACCUUCAAAUUCACAGACUAAUGAUGUAAUAAAGAGAGGACUUAGCCUUGCAGGAACUGGGCUUGUAUCAUCGGGUAGAACAAGGUACUCAUUUAAGGCCGUUCAACCACACAGAAAACAUGAAACUGGAACCCCCCAUACAAGACCGAUUAAAACACAACACUCUGAAGAGAAAACUGUAAAUAAUACAACUCAGAUCCCUGAUAAAGAAAUGGUGGAUAAAUUGUUCGAAGAAACAUUAGAUAGUGGAAUGUAUUUUUGGGGUUCUGCACAUAGCACUUUGAAAAAUGUAUCUACCGCAAGAAAAUGGCAGUUGAUUCAAAGGAUCCGUCUUAACGAACAAAAACAUACAGAGACAAAUGAUUCCAAGAUAUCGGUACAAAAUGAUCAAGAAUUUCUAGAAAAUUUGAAGUAUUCCCUUAACGAUACUUCUAAAAGGUUAAAGUCCUUAUACCAACUUGAGAAGCGGCUAAGACAGAAGUCAUUUUUAACAGCAUUUGUUUCAGGUGGUUAUUACAUCGAUUUAGUAGAUAUGAUUCCAACAAUUACUAUAGAUAUCGAAUAUGCAUAUUUUACAUCUUUUAAGACCCUAAUGAAUAAUAUGGAAGUACGGAUAAAAAUUUUGAAUAAUCCCGUACUAAUCGGAUUUUUUAUAGACUCUAUGAUUAACGAAAUUUCACCAAUAAAGAUAAAACUGCAAACUUGUCAAUUACUCUUGUUAUUAACAUAUUUAGAUUCUGAAAAUGGUUAUAAUAUUAUUUGGAACUCCUUAGAAAAAAAGUUAGAAUUAUGGAUGAAUGACAUUACUGGAAUAAUUGAAAAUACAGACGACAUUCUAGAAAGAAUAAAUAUUAAUAAAUCUAUCAUACAAUUUCCUCAUCCGGAACAAAUUGUUUCUAAUUAUCUUUCCUCUGUGUUAUUUUUGGUUAAUUCAAUCAUUGAAGGGUAUCCAUCUUAUAAUAAGAAAGAAUUUAUUAUUGAACAAUUUAGAAACAUGGAGAUCCAUAAAUUAUUUUAUAAAAUGGAAAAAUUCGAAUCGACAACAAUAAAGGAACAAAUCCAAAAUUAUAAAAUUAAGGAAGAAGGUGUCCGUAUGAGAAUGAAUAAUGAGGCACCUAUUUUCCCGACAUUAUCUUACGGUCCUAUUUUAGAAUCUUUAGUUCAAAAGACGCAGGAUACACCUUUGGAACAACCAUUUGGUGAUUUGGUUAAAUCCCUUUCAGCAAUGCUUGAUACCCGUACUUAUUCGGAAUCAAUUAAAUUAUACAAAGCGUUAAGUUCUAUGUUGGCCUAUUUACUAGAGAAAUUUCAAUCCGACUUUGAAGAAAAUUUAUCUCCUAAUUCAUUGUUACAUGAAUCCUUAGAGAAGCUACUUGAUGGUCUACAAUCCGAUGAUAUUGCCAAAAGAGCAAUGCAUGACUUAAAGGAAGCACAGGACACUGUGAGUGUCUUAACUAGCGAAUUGAAAAAAGUUAGGAGUGAAAAAAGAUUAGAUGAUAAUGAACUUUUAGUUAAAUUGAAUAAUAAUUCAGAAUUAUUAUCAUUCAAGGAUAAUGAAUUAAAGACAUUGGAACUCCGAAAUAAAACACUUGAAGAUCUUAUAAAAGAUUCAAAGUUUAAACAUGACAAAAUAGCAACAUAUGAGCGUCUUCAGUAUAAGGUGAAGCCUAGACCUCUGUCUGUGUUCAAUACCAAUAAAUCUGAUAAUAAACUCCAGUUUGGAAAAAACAAUAUUAAUCGUUCAAAUUCUCAUACAAUCCGCGAAAGUAAAGGAAUAUUAUCCCUCUCUUCUCUUUUGGCAACCGAUUCUAAAUAUAAUAGUUCAAGCACACGAUCAAACACUGGGAUACUCUCUGAUUCUUCCCAUCUGAAAUCGUUUUCAAUCGGUACAUCAGUUAUAGAUGGAUCUGCCAGUGGAGAGGCCACCGAUCAUCAGGUCGAUAGAGAUGAUUUUCACAUGAAUAGGGUCAAAAAUGCUUCGUAUGAUGGUAAUGAUUGUGUAGAGUCCGAAAUCGUUCAAAGUAGCGGGUCCAGAUAUUCUGUACCAUGCGUUAGCACUAAUGAUAACAACGAAUAUUUGACUACCCCGAUAAAUCUGGGUGCAACAAAUAGCACGUUAUCUGCUCAAUCCAGUACAGGUCUUGUUACGGAUGUAGCUAGUGAUACUGUUUUUAAAACUAUCGUAAACGUUUCUUCUGGAUAUAAGUGUAUUUCUGAGGUAAAGUCUAUUGAAGAUAAAAAUAGAAUAUCCGGGUCCGGACCCUAUCUGACAUUUGAUGGGCAACAGUCAACGAUUUCAGAUAUUGCAGAUACCCCUCGAUUUGGAAUCUUAGCACCAUAUGGGGGAAAUGAUACGGGAAGUUCUCUAAACCUUAAUGAAAGAUCAAACGAUGUUGUCGAUAAUGGCAGGUUAGGUACAGUUAACGGUCAUGGUGGUUCUGCAUUUAGUCUUGAUGGUUCAAGCCUAUCGAAUCCGGUUACAGAGGCUUCACUUUUCCCUGCAAGUAAAUUACAAGAAGGAUCAAAUUCAGCACCACCACCACCUCCUCCUCCUCCUCCUCCUCCUCCUCCGCCGCCGCCGUUACCAUCCCAAUUAUCUUAUAAAGCUGAUGAGCAAGAGAAUAAUGAACCAACGCCGGACAUAGAUGUGGACCCAUCGAUACCGCCACCUCCUCCACCACCACCUUUACCGAUGAAUCUUACAAAAAGUAGUGAUUUAUCAAAACGUUCGGCACUGAAACUAAAACAAAUUCAUUGGGAUAAAGUAGAUAAUGUUGAAAAUACUAUUUGGGCAGAUCAAGAUUCUUUACGGGAAGUAUUCUCUAAAUUAGAAAGGGGUGGUAUCUUAAGUAAUGUAAAUGAUAUGUUCAAAACUCAAGAUAAUAAGCUGAAAAGGAAGAAAGUUAAACAAGAUGAAACUAAAUCUCAGAAGCUAAGUUUUUUACCAAGAGAUCUUGCUCAACAAUUCGGUAUCAAUUUACAUAUCUUUUCAAACUAUUCAGUAACGGAUCUGGUUUCCAAAGUUCUCACCUGUGAUAGUGAAAUAUUAAGAAAUAUCCCGGUAUUAGAAUUUUUCAACAAAGAAGAUUUGAAUAAUAUCCCAACUAGUAUCUCUAGAAAAUUCGAGCCAUUUAGUUCAAACUACUUAACAGGAAUGGAACCUGCAAAAUCUCCAGAAUCUCUUGAAAGAUCAGAUCAAAUUUAUUUGGAACUCUGUUAUAACCUGAAAAGUUAUUGGGCUGCUAGAUCAAAGGUAUUGUUACUGGUGAUGACUUAUGAGAAGGACUACUACGACUUAACUUAUAAGUUACAAAAGAUUGAUGAUGCCGUUCGAACUUUGAGAAACUCUGCAAAAUUGAGGGGCGUGUUGUAUAUUAUUUACUCCAUUGGUAACUAUAUGAAUAAGAAGGGUGUUCAUGGAAUUAGAUUAAGUUCUUUGACAAAACUUGUAUUUGUGAAAUCGAGUAAUGACAACAAUAUAUCCUUUUUGCAUUUUAUCGAGAAAGUCAUUAGGUUCAAUUAUCCUGACAUCUACUCCUUUUUAGACGAUCUAAAACUUGUAGAUGACAUUAGUAAUAUAAGUUUCGAAUCUUUAGAAGCAGAAUGUUUAGAAUUUACUAGAAAAAUUAGAGAUGGUGUUCGUGAGGUGAGCAAAGGUAAACUUUCGGAAUCAAAAUUAUUGCAUCCUAAGGAUGAAAUUUUAAACAAAAUAAAAUACAAGACCAAUAAAGCAAAGACAAAAUGUGAUCUUCUUGAAGCCCAAUUUAAUCUAACGGAUAAUGACAUUGACAAAAUAAUGUUAUUUUAUGGUGAAAAUCCGAAGGAUAUUGAGUCUAAGAGGACAUUUUUCAAGAAUAUCAUGGAUUUUGUGGUCGUAUUUAAGAAGUGUGCAAAAGAAAAUAAAGAAAGAGAAGAAAUGGAUCGUGUUUACGAAGGACGAAAGAAAUUGAUGGAACGGAACUUACGUCUCAAAAGAGAUGAUAGCAAUGGAAGUAGUGAUGAGACAGAAGAUGAUGCUGUAGAUGUACUGCUUUCACAACUCCGUGGGGUUGAUGCAACGUCGAUGAAAUUACGGUCCAAAAAACGUAGUUCUAGGGUUUUGGCAAAAGUUGAUUCAAAAAAUAGUAAUGAAGAUGAGUUACUAGAAAGGACACAUGCGUUGAUGAGCGGAUUACAAAAUAUCUGA